AUGGCGCCAUCACCUCGGCCGUACGCCUCUCUGCUGCUGCCAUCUCUCGUCCUGCUCCUCCUCGUCGCCUCCUCCCGCGCAGCGAGAGUGGGAGCAACCGCAAGAAACCAGGCAGCCCAGGACGGCCGCGCAGAGGAGGACGCCGGCGGCGAGGCGGCGGCGGCGGCGGAGGAUGAAGGUUGCGGCGGUGGCGCCGAAGGGGGAGAUGGAGGCGAUGAUGAGUGCUUGAUGAGGAGGACGCUGGUGGCGCACACCGACUACAUCUACACCCAGGGAGGAAACCACAACUAG